AUGGAUGAAUCCAGGGAAGUGCUAUGGAAAAGUGAACGAGUAGUAAAAGGUUGUACAAUCCGUACCGCCAAGGACAGAGAUACAAGUAAAGGUUGUACAACCCGUACCGCCCAGGCCAGAAAUACAAGUAAAGGUUUUACCACCCGUACCGCCCAGGACAGAAAUAAAAGUAAAGGUUGUACAACCAGUACCGCCCAGGACAGAAAUGCAAGUAAAGGUUGUAAAACUCGUACCGCCCAGGACAGAAAUACAAGUAAAGGAUGUACAACCCGUACCGCCCAUGACAGAAAUACAAGUAAAGGUUGUACAACUCGUACCGCCCAGGACAGAAAUACAAGUGUAGUUUGUACAACCCGUAUUGCCCAGGACAGAAUUACAAGUAAAGGUUGUACAACCCGUACCGCCCAGGACAGAAAUACAAUUAAAGGUUGUACAACCCGUACCGCCCAGGACAGAAAUACAAGUAAAGGUUGUACAACCCGUACCGCCCAGGACAGAAAUACAAGUAAAGGUUGUACAACCCGUACCGCCCAGGACAGAAAUACAAGUAAAGGUUGUACAACCCGUACCGCCCAGGACAGAAAUACAAGUAAAGGUUGUACAACCCGUACCGCCCAGGACAGAAAUACAAGUAAAGGUUGUACAACCCGUACCGCCCAGGACAGAAAUACAAGUAAAGGUUGUACAACCCGUACCGCCCAGGACAGAAAUACAAGUAAAGGUUGUACAACCCGUACCGCCCAGGACAGAAAUACAAGUAAAGGUUGUACAACCCGUACCGCCCAGGACAGAAAUACAAGUAAAGGUUGUACAACCCGUACCGCCCAGGACAGAAAUACAAGUAAAGGUUGUACAACCCGUACCGCCCAGGACAGAAAUACAAGUAAAGGUUGUACAACCCGUACCGCCCAGGACAGAAAUACAAGUAAAGGUUGUACAACCCGUACCGCCCAGGACAGAAAUACAAGUAAAGGUUGUACAACCCGUACCGCCCAGGACAGAAAUACAAGUAAAGGUUGUACAACCCGUACCGCCCAGGACAGAAAUACAAGUAAAGGUUGUACAACCCGUACCGCCCAGGACAGAAAUACAAGUAAAGGUUGUACAACCCGUACCGCCCAGGACAGAAAUACAAGUAAAGGUUGUACAACCCGUACCGCCCAGGACAGAAAUACAAGUAAAGGUUGUACAACCCGUACCGCCCAGGACAGAAAUACAAGUAAAGGUUGUACAACCCGUACCGCCCAGGACAGAAAUACAAGUAAAGGUUGUACAACCCGUACCGCCCAGGACAGAAAUACAAGUAAAGGUUGUACAACCCGUACCGCCCAGGACAGAAAUACAAGUAAAGGUUGUACAACCCGUACCGCCCAGGACAGAAAUACAAGUAAAGGUUGUACAACCCGUACCGCCCAGGACAGAAAUACAAGUAAAGGUUGUACAACCCGUACCGCCCAGGACAGAAAUACAAGUAAAGGUUGUACAACCCGUACCGCCCAGGACAGAAAUACAAGUAAAGGUUGUACAACCCGUACCGCCCAGGACAGAAAUACAAGUAAAGGUUGUACAACCCGUACCGCCCAGGACAGAAAUACAAGUAAAGGUUGUACAACCCGUACCGCCCAGGACAGAAAUACAAGUAAAGGUUGUACAACCCGUACCGCCCAGGACAGAAAUACAAGUAAAGGUUGUACAACCCGUACCGCCCAGGACAGAAAUACAAGUAAAGGUUGUACAACCCGUUCCGCCCAGGACAGAAUUACAAGUAAAGGUUGUACAACCCGUACCGCCCAGGACAGAAAUACAAGUAAAGGUUGUACAACUCGUACCGCCCAGGACAGAAAUACAAGUAAAGGUUGUACAACCCGUACCGCCCAGGACAGAAAUACAAGCAUAGUUUGUACAACCCGUACCGCUAAGGACAGAAAUACAAGUAAAGGUUGUACAACCCGUACCGCCCAGGACAGAAAUACAAGUAUAGUUUGUACAACCCGUACCGCCCAGGACAGAAUUACAAUUAAAGGUUGUACAACCCGUACCACCCAGGACAGAAAUACAAGUAAAGGUUGUACAACCCGUACCGCCCAGGACAGAAAGACAAGUAAAGGCUGUACAACCCGUACCGCCCAGGACAGAAUUACAAGUAAAGGUUGUACAACCCGUACCCCCCAGGACAGAAAUACAAGUAAAGGUUAUACAACCCGUACCGCCCAGGACAGAAAUACAAGAAAAGGUUGUACAACCCGUACCGCCCAGGACAGAAAUACAAGUAAAGGAGUCACACAAUUAGAUCGGAUAUGA